AUGCACUUGUGGGAAGAAUAUUUCAAGCAAUUUUCGGAAGAUCAUCUUUGGUCUAACUACUCUUUAGAUGAUUUGGAUUCAAGCUCAUCUUCAUAUGAGGAGUGGAUGAAAGAAUCAAUAAAGUGUAUUCUUGAUCAACAUAAGGAGUUGAAGAGGGAGGAGGAGGAGGAGAAGAAGAAUGGAGAGUUAGCAAGCCGACACAACAAACGAGUCAUCGAAAGGUUCCGAAUACACAUAAUAGAGCUUGAUCCUUCCUCUGUAACUUCUGGAGGGUGGCUUGAAGAUACGUCAUUAGUAGAGAAGUAUACAAUUUCUGAAGAUGAAUACAUCAAACGUUCCGGUACAUUUAGGAAAUUCAAGGAACAGAUGGCAUCUCAAAAUCCAUCUGCAUUUAAGAAUAAAAUGUCAGACGACUACAUGGAAGACCUCUGUGGAAAUAUCACGGUUGGUGACAGAUGUGAAGUUGACCCAGGGGAGAAAAGAGGGGUUAUCAAAUAUGUGGGUCGGGCAGAAGCACUGGGACCAGGAUUUUGGAUUGGAGUUCAAUACGACGAACCGCUAGGAAAACAUGAUGGCAUGGUGAAAGGAACUCGGUAUUUUCAAUUCCCUUCACUUUGUGGUGCAAUGGUUAGGCCUGACAAAGUAAAGGUUGGCGACUAUCCUGAACGAGAUCCCUUUGAGGAGGAUGAGAUAUAAUGUGGUUGUGAAAGGGUACCGCUACAUUUCUGUUUCCAAGCAAUUUCAAUAACAUUACAGGCUGACAAUGCUACAUUUGUAUUUGAUGUUAUUGUAACAUAUAUGGUAUGAGAAUGAUGAGUGGGAGUGUUUGAAAGAUGAUAAA